AAUAUACGAAUGAAGAAUAGUGAGAUUUUUUAAAAUAUAUCAAAUGUAUGGCUAAUCUAUUUGGUAUUAGAAAUUUCUCACAUAUUAUGUUCAAAUUGAACUAGUUGUGUUUGUGCCACGUAACACGAGGUCUCGGAUGACUGAUGCACCUCCCUUCUUGGAACUCUCUCUGACCUCGCACCUCGUUCCUGCACACGAAGGCGCCCACCGAGCCCCUCGCUACGGGCUCGUUAGCACUCCGGCGCCCAAGUUAGAACAGUCUUUCUAGAGAGAGAGAAGUGAAGUGUAGUUUUUAGAGAGAAGUUCUAACCUGAGUAAAUGAGCUCCACCAACUUCACUAUUUAUAGGGCUGGCCAUUCGGUUAUCGGUUGCCGGUUAACCGGCCGGUUAAACCGAUAACCGGCGGUUACCGGUUAACCGGAUAACCGAAAAGAGGGGGUGCGGGCGGUUGGCGGUAGCGGGGCUGGUCGUGCCGAUUAACCGGCUAACCGGCACGACUAGCCUCGCCCAAGCAAAACGCCGCCGCCGAGAUACUCCUAAACCCUAAUUGCCAUCUAGCGAGCAGACCCUCCUCAAUCUCUCAUUCUCUUCUGCAGCAUCGCGAGAGCCGAGAAUGGAGAGCCUCCUGCCGGCACCGCCUGCCGCCUGUCGCUGCCGCCUCCCGGAUCUCGUCCAUGGCGCCGUCGAUGACGAGCUGGGCCAGAACAGGGGACCCGACGAACAUGAUCUUCAACCCGCUGUCCUGGAACACCUCCUUCUUCCUGGUGGUGAAUCAGUCGUUGGGCACGGCGUCGAGAGCAGAGGUCGGGUCCUUAAUUGCGGCGCCCGGGACGACGACGCUGUGGAGGAGGAAAGAGUCCUCGCAGUGGGGGAAAGUUUCGGGGAUGUGGGAUCCAGGAGGGAGGAUGUAAGUGAUCUCGACGGAUUGAGUCGCGAGAGGCGAGAUGAUGCCGGAUUGGGGCUUGAUGGCGUAUCGAUUCUUGUUCAGGGCUUGGAUCCGGAAAGCCACCGACAUGGAGUACAUGACGUUGCGGAGGGUGAGCUCGUCGGAGCAUUUUUGGCCCAGUUCCGCACCGCCGCCACGUUCGACGACUCCAAUUUAAUCAGCCUGUCCAUUUAGAUCCACCAAUUUUGAAUUCCCUUGCUUCUGUUGGUGAUGAUUCCUGAUUGCAAAGAAGAAGCCCACUCAGUCUUGGAAAACAGGGGAGGUAUUGCCUUUUGGAGGUAUUGCAUAGGGCUGUUGUGCGGUUCAGUUACUCGGUGAAAUCGAUGGCCAUUGCGUCUCGCGGUUACUUCGGUUAACCGAGUAACUAAUCGGUAACCGACCGGUCGGUUGCCGGCUAACCGACAGCUUCCGUCGGGCGGUUGACGGUAGCCAUUGGUGGCGUCGCGGUUAACUGGUAACCGACAUUUCAGUUAUUGGUUAUAACCGAACUAACCGAAAAUCCAGCCCUAACUAUUUAUACCCAGGGUAGGGUCGACCAUUGCCCCCCAAAUCCGCCCCCGUCAUCAUCUCAUUAAAUGCACCGUACUUUACCCCUGCCAUGCGCCCCGACACUCUGACACCGGCUCUGAAUCUCGGGGUGCAUGGCCCCACAUUCUAUCCUCUCCGUACGCUUCCUGCCGUUCUCCCUUUUGUCGUCAUGCGCUUUAUGUCAUGCAUGGCCCCACCACCUAAGUUAUGAUCUCAGACCCUCUCUGGGCUGGGCUUUUCCCUUGUUAGGCCCAUUUUGACUUCUUGGGCCCUUGUAUGCCCCCAACAAGUUGAAUAUGGUUUAACCAUCAAAUCUUAAAUUACUUUGGCGAACGGACUUGCUGGCUUAAUCCAAUUUAACAACUUUGGACAAAAGUACUAAACUUUGUGCAAAUAA